AUGGCUGAGACAUGGCAGUUCCUGGGUUGCCCAGUGGUGGCCAUCUGUCUCCUCCUCCCUGGGGUGACUACAACCCCACAGCAUGCAGGGCAGCCCACGGACAGCACGAGCAUGGGAGGUGGACUGCAGGAGCCUGAGGUCCCGGAAGUGAUGUUUGAGCUGCUGUGGGCUGGGCUGACAUUGGAUGCCCAGGGGCAGCUGCACCUGCAGGACGAGGAGUUGGCGUCCACACGUCCAGGCCGCCGACUCAGGCUCCUGCUGCAGCAACAUGUGCCCCGGACCUGGGAGGAGGCUGAGCAGCGGCUGCGGCAGCUCCAGGACCUGCGGAAGGGGCCUCCGCUCAGCCCCAGGGACUUUGAACACCUGCUCCUCACGGGCCUCUCAUGUGUCUACCGGCUCCAUGCAGCCAGUGAGGCCGAGGAGAGGGCCCACUGGGCCCAGGUCUUUGUCCUCCUGGCACAGGAAGCACUGUGGGACCUGUGUAAGGGCUUCUGCCCCAAGGGCCAGUCCCCAUCACUGGCACCCUGGCCUUCCAUCCUGGAUCCCCUUCCUUGA